UAAAAUGGUUUUUAAUUGUAUGCAUAAUCAAUAUAUUGUUAUUGAAUUAUGUCACUGGAAUGGUAAAAUAUACGUCUUCUACUAAGCCACGUUGGGAUAUAAAUAGUUGCGGCUACUGUUAAAAGUUUCUUCACUCCAGAACAGUUAUGAAAUUCCAUUGCUCAAGCGUCGCUGAUAGGUUGGUGAGGCCUUCUAUCUUGUGCUAAGAUAUCCAGGGAUCUGCCCCUCGGAUUGGGACGCAAAGUAAGGGACAGAGCCUCCUAAAGAGGUGCUCGGAGCUCGUGAUGCCGGAUUCUUUACCAGAACGAUUUCGGCUUCUAGAUCUUCUUUUCGCUUUGGUAGGAACUAUCGCUUUCUUGCUGGACCUGGGGUCGGACGUGUGGGGGGCGGUGAAAUACUAUCAAGCCGGGGACGUUGCUUGGGCCAUUCUACUUCUUGCUUUCUACGCAAUAUCCUCGGUGGUGCUGCAGCUGCUCAGUUGGGGUUGGUACAGUGUGGACAGGCAGUCGGUAGCCGCCAGCGUACCCAGUAACCAGCUGAGUGAUCACCAACAGAAGUGCUCGACUAACCACAGAGGCUCAGGAAAAAGCCAGCUAAAUGGGUGCAGCAAUAAGGAUGGAAGUAGCCCAGCACUUGAAUUGGGAGAGGCUGAUGCUACCGAGGAAGUGAAGCCAGGGGAGGACGCUAAGAGUUCUUCCGAUGUGAUAACUGCUGCUAAGGACACAGAGAAUAACAAUUCUUCACAUGCUGCUACACCAGGUGAAGUGCCAGGAGAGAGUAUCUCACUGAAUGCUCUGUCAGAUCAGAAUGGUGCCUGCCCUGAGAUGAGUACUCAAGCUGGAAUUGCUCAGGAGGAUCCCCUGUUUUAUUUAAAGAAUCGAUUCCAUACCUAUCGCUAUCUUUUCAGCACCACAUGUCUGGCUAUCUUGCACAUUUUACAAUUGGGCUAUCCGCUCAGGUGCAUACACUCACUAGAGGUAGGAUUCAAAGCGUACAAGACCGGAAAUGAACAAUACCAGGAAUAUGCCUACUUUCUUACACAUGAUAUUAGUAUGUUGCGGCUCGUCGAGACCUUCCUCGAAAACACCCCACAACUAAUUCUACUGCUUUAUAUAGUCCUUAAAAGAGGCACCAUCCAGACCUUCCAGUAUUUCAGCAUUGCCACUUCAUUCGUCUCUAUAAGCUGGGCGAUUCUAGACUACCAUCAAUCCCUGAGGAUGUUCCUAAAGGAAAAGCAAAAGCUCGACAUCAUCCCCUCUGCAGUUUACUUUCUAUUGAAUGGCUUUUUCAUUUUUGCACGGAUAGUGUGCAUUGUGCUCUUCACGUCGGUCUUUGAUUGGUGGAUUGCUUUACACUUCUUACUCAUUUGGAUUUCUUUCUUUGUUUGGGCUACAUUACAGAAAACUACAUUCAUGCAGAGCACGACAUGGGAACCUUUUUAUAGGGCAACAGUGGCUAUAAUUUUAUACUUUGUCUGGUUUAACAUAGCAGAUGGUAAAACCAUCUACCGCUGUGUUAUUUAUUAUAUUUUCAUAGGUAUAGACUGCUCAAUUCUUCUUGUGUCAUGGAAAUUUUGGAGGUUGCCGUCCAUUGUAGAGCUAUAUGAGAACCAUAUUUUUAUAGCUGUCUCAUUAGCUUUUAUACUAGGAGUAGUAUUAAGGUGUUUAUACUAUAACUUCUUCCACCCAAAUUUGAGAGAACAAGAAUAUGAUGUGGUAGAUAAUAAAGAUUCAGAUUAUAAAAAAUUAAUAUUAAAUAAUGAACCAACACCACUUAAAAACCCAAGACUGAUGAAAUUAGCAGUGGGUAUGUAUUAAGAAACCUCUCCGAAGGUAAAUGUUACAUGCACUGGGCAUGAGAAAGAGACAGUAAUAUUCUGCAACAGAAACUGCAAUUACCGCUAAAUUACAGAUUUUAUAUCCACUCCAUAUGAAUUUUAACCAUCAACUAUAAACACUACACUGCAGAAUGGAUAAGGAUGGAAAGAUUGGUUACUCAUAUCCUGUGAUAAUGUGAGUUGAUAUCAUUUGAUUUUGUAAGAGUUUCAGACUCCCAGAUCUUUGUGUAUUUCAUGACUACGCAGCAAUGAAUUUAAAAUUGACUAUGGCUAUGUAACCUAUUCCAAUUAAGCGUGACGGCAGAGGAGAGAAAAACUGUCCGAAUUUUAUCCCUUUGCCUCAUCACUUAAGUUGUGGUGUAUGUAUGAUACACGUUUUAUGUAUGUUUUUCUUAAAAAUACUACAAUUUGUGCCAAGAUGAGCAAUGGUGUCUUACUGUGGGCCCUUAAAAUGCUAAAAAAAAAGGCAGAAUUUCAGAAUCUUGCUUCAACAAAGCUGCAUUGGUCAGGUUCUGGUAUCUUGAUUCAGUCAGCAAAACAAGAAAAUGAAACCUUGACAUGUUUGAAAAGCUUUGUGGUAAAUUGUUACAUUAUACACAAACCACGUCUCACAUUGUUUGCUAUACUGUUUAUAUAGUGGCAUAAUACACUAGGUCCAUUUCAGCUCAGUUGGCUUGGCAGAUUUAUACUUGUUCCAUUUAAUGUUACGUUUGUAAUUGAGUUGAGAAUGGGUGCUGCUUAGUACUUAAACCUUGCUCAUGGUACUGGGACCAUUCCAAUUUAACUUUGCUUUGCAACAUAAAAAAUUGUUGAAAGAGUAAGCGUAGAUGAAUAUGGGAAGCAACUGUUAUAUUUCUUUAGCUAUACACUAAUUGGUUGAUCGCCAUGGGGAAGGAAAUUCAUUUUCUAACUGAUGAUGUUUUUCCACAUCUCCGUUGCAGAGUAUCCGUUUUGGUGUAAAGUAUUAGAACAAUAUUUGUUGCUGUAGUAGGUCUGAUUAGUAACUGUAUCUAAGGUAACUCCUGUAGACCACCAUUAUAAUGUCAUGUUAUUUUUGACAGUUUGCAAGGUGCUAUUUGCCCUCUAUGGGAAACCAGCCACCAACCACUGUUGCUUAACUGGAGUAUUUGCCACUUCAGAAUCUGUGGCCGUACCUACAAUAUAUCAGGUGAUUUUUCAAUAGUUUAGUACUGUUCUAGCACAAGUGUGCUAUCUAAAAGUGUCUAGUUAUUGUCCCACUCUCACAACACCACAGUAAUAGUUGUUAACCCUGGUCCUUGAGACUCACAUUAUGGCUGGAGAACAGCGAAUGAGCUGUGUAUUUAUGUACCGAUGUGCUCUUUCGGUUAUACUUAAAAUAAGCUAAACUAGGGAUCUUAGUGACAGAGCAGUCUUUUGUAGAGGAAAUAGGUAUACAUAAUAAAAUGCCCAUUUAGUAAAGUUCUCCCACUAAGCUCAGUUUGUGCCAAAGGUCUUUGAUAAGCAGUAAGCAAGAUGUCUGCCAAAUGUGGGGUCAAUUGUUAUUGUUGUCAUAAUUAUUUAAAUCUAACUAAUGGAAAUGAACCGUUUGCAACAUUUGUGUUGCUCCUUACUGCCGGCUUCCAGUAUAAUAGAUAAUAUUUUGCCACUUUUUUUCAGGGACAGACUUGCCUGGAACAGGAAGGUCACCUAGAACAGUGAUACUGGGGUUGGAAGUCAGGACAGAAGUUCUAAGUUGGUGUGUUCCACAGGAUCUAGGUCACUUGAGCCAUAGGGGCCUAUUUAUGAAAGGUCUUGCGGACCUGAUCCGACAAUGCGGAUCAGGUCCUCAAGACCUCGCUGAAUGUGGAGAGCAAUACGCUCUCCGUAUGCAGCAUUGCACCAGCAGCUCACAAGAGCUGCUGGUGCAACGCCGCCCCCUGCUGACUCGCGGCCAAUCGACCGCCAGCAGGGAGGUGUCACUCAACCCGAUCGUAUUCAAUCGGGUUGUAUUGUGGCGAUUCUUGUCCGCCUCAUCAGAGCAGUCGGACAGGGUUAUGGAGCAGCGGUCUUUGGCCCGCUGCUCCAUAACUUGUGUUUCUGGCGGGUCUGAAGACUCGCCAGAAACACGGCCCUUCAAGCUCCAUACGGAGCUUGAUAAAUGGGCCUCAAAGUUUAUAACCUAUAUUUACCUAUGUGAUAUUAACACAAUAUAAUGUGUAUACAAAGACAUUGGAUAAAGCUUUCAUAGUAUACAAAAAAUAUAUAUAUUUUUUUAAAAUGAACUUUUAAAUAAUAGGAUAAGAAAAAACUGAAGUUUAAAAUAGAUAUUUUUAAGAGCAGUCCAUGUAAAGGGGAGGGGGGAAGACAAAUAAUCUAAUAUUUUUUUAAAUUCAUGAAGUCCAAUGUAUGGAACUUAUUUAUGAAUGUCAGAUAUUUAUAUAUAUACAAUUUAAUUCAUAGCUGCAAACCGUAAAACAGUUUUUUUUAAUGUCCCCCUGAUUCAUCUCAUUUGCUGAAAGCAACUUUUGAUUGGAUUUGAUCACUUUUGCUUUUAUUGUUUACAUACAGGUAACUGUAGGAUUUUUUUUGAGUGGGCAAUGUGCAAAAUUAGUUUAAUCUAAUUAUAUAUAAAGAGCAGGUGUUAUAUAAAAAGUGUUACGCUUCUACUCACUGUCAUUUCAAAGUCAGUAUUAAUUGAUCUAUUAUGAUCUAUUCAAUUUUGUGUUAAACGCUUUUCUCUCCAAACAUUGCAUCAUGUAUGUGUUUGAAUGUUUUUAAAGUGUGUUAAUGUACUUUUUGUUGUUAAUAAGAAAUAUUCAGAAGAUAAUGUCUAGUUGUCUUUUGAAAAUCUGUAAAUCCAUAUUUAUAAAUGUAAUAGACUAAAAUAUCAGACAUUUUCUGCAACGAAAAACAGCUGUAGGAAAUCUAGAACACUCUAAAAAAUGUGUGAAAAUGUAUUUGGAACCUAUAUGUAAACAGGAAUUAAAGGGACAUGAAACCCAAAUGUUUUCUUUCAUGAUUCAGAUAGCGCAUGCAAUUUUAAAGCAUUUUCUAAUCUACUUCUAUUAUCAAUUUUGUUUCAGUUCUCUAGACACGUGCUCAGGAGCGCACGUGUCUAGAGCACUAUAUGGCAGCUGUUUUGCAAGAGCACUAGAUGGCAGCACUGUUUCUUGCCCUGCAGUGCUGCAGACACCUACCUAGGUAUUUCUUCAAGAAAGAAUACCAACAAACCAAAUUUCAUAAUAAAAGUACAUUUUAAACUUUAUUUUAAAAUUGUAUGUUCUGUCGGACUCAAAUUUUUUUUUCAUAUUUCAUAUCUCUUUUAAUGAUUGACAACCAAUGCUUUAGAAGAAAUAUCUGAAAUCCUAGACUAUGCAGACAAGUACCAUUAAUCAAUGUGUUGAUUUGAUCUGUGGCUUUAAAAGUGGUGUAGUGGCCCUGUAAGUGGACUAAAUAUUGUAAUGAAGCAAAGCCCCUAACAGUGAUCUGCUAUGUCUUUUAUACUUAUAUUUUUGCUAUUGUUUUGAAAUAAAUAUAUUAAACAAACCCUUUCAAAUGUGCAA